AUGGCUUGUUAUUGGCCUUUGUUGCGCCGAGAUGUUGCAAGGUUUUGGAACGAUGUGUUGUCUACCAAACUUCAAAAGGGCAUGCUACAAAUGGCUGGUUAUACAUGCCCCUUCUGUCACUUCUGGUUGUCUUUCUGGAAACUACUUCGCACCAGCCUUGAUAUGAGAUCAGCCUAUCAUCAAGAGUCGGACGGUCAAACUGAAGUACCAAUCGCUCUCUCGGAAGAAUUUUCCCAUAACCACGCUUUCAAUCGCAUUGUCUAUGGUCUUGUUCCUUGCAGUCCGAUUGACUUAGGCGUUGUGCCAGAUGCAGAACGCGAUCACGGGAAAGCCACUGAGUCUGUCGCCAACGUCUCUUAUAUUCAUCAGGUGGUACAUGAUAACUUGAAGCUCACGUCGGGAAAAUACAAAGAAAUGGCAUAUCGGCAUCGUCGUGACGUCCAGUUCAGUGUCGGUGAUCAAGUUUGGACCAUCAUAACCAAAGAGUGUUUUCUACCGCAUGAAUAUAAUAAGUUGAAGGACCGUAAAAUUGGACCCUUGGAGAUUGUUGAGAAGAUAAAUGCAAUGCAUAUCGACUCUUGUUGCCUGACAAUGUGCAUUGUUCCGGCGUUUUUAACGUCAAGCACUUGA